AAAUGAACAAGAAUGAAAAAUAGCAGCCAAUAGAAGGCUGUCAAGUUGCAUAAUAAUUUAUUCCAGAAAAAAACUAGGGACCAAACUGUACCAAUUGGCAUAUUUGUUGACACAUCUUUCUCUAAUCAGAGGCCAAUCAGAGGCCAAGCAGUUAGCUCUUAGAGAGGGAGAGGGGCCAGAGAAACAAAAGCAUAUCCCAACAAGAACCUUGGCUUGGCUCCCUCCUUGGCUCGUUGGGUGGUUGAUAUUGCGGUGGCUGGUGGAAGAAAGUAUCAGGUACAAGUUGCAAUUUUGGAGAGUUUUUCUUUCCCAACCCUGGACAGAAGCAAGAGGAAUCACAGAAAGUUUGGUGAGGCGAAGUUUUCUUGGAUUCUGCAAGAACAAGGCAUCGCAGUCUGAGGACUUCUCCCGGCUCCAUCUAGUUGCUUCUUGGAUUCGGCCAUGGAGAGGCAAUCCAGCUUCCGUCUAGGCGCGCUGGAGAAGCUGAAGAGCUUCCGUGGGAUGGAGAAGCAGAAGAGCUUCCGGGGGAUGAUGUCCAUGGAGCGGCGGAGCAGGGACAGCCCCGGCAAACGCGGCGACACGCCGCUCCACCUCGCGGCGAGGUCUGGGAGCGUGCCCCACGCCCAGAAGAUCCUCGCCGAGCUCGACCGGGAGCUGGUCGCGGAGAUGGCGGCCAGGCAGAACCAGGACGGCGAGACGCCGCUGUACGUCGCCGCCGAGAAGGGCCACUCCGAGGUCGUGCGCGAGAUCCUGAAGGUCUCCGACGUGCAGACGGCGGGGAUCAAGGCGAACAACAGCUUCGAUGCGUUCCACAUCGCCGCGAAGCAGGGUCAUCUUGAAGUUUUGAAGGAGCUAUUGCAGGCUUUUCCGGCUCUUUCUAUGACAACAAAUUCUGUAAAUGCUACAGCUCUGGAUACUGCUGCAAUUCAGGGUCACGUUGAUAUUGUUAAUCUUCUACUGGAAACGGAUGGUAGCCUCGCCAGAAUUGCGAGAAAUAAUGGGAAGACGGUUUUGCAUUCAGCAGCAAGAAUGGGCCAUGUGGAAGUUGUAAGAUCAUUGCUGAAUAAGGAUCCCGGGAUUGGUUUAAGAACGGAUAAGAAGGGGCAAACAGCACUACAUAUGGCUUCGAAAGGACAAAAUGCUGAAAUCGUGGUUGAGUUGUUGAAGCCUGAUGUCUCAGUUAUCCAUAUAGAAGACAACAAGGGUAACAGGCCACUGCAUGUUGCUACUCGGAAGGCGAAUAUCAUUAUAGUGCAGACUCUAUUAUCAGUUGAAGGGAUCGAUGUCAAUGCAGUCAAUAGAUCUGGAGAGACUGCUUUUGCCAUUGCUGAGAAAAUGAACAACGAAGAACUUAUUAACAUCCUAAAAGACGCCGGCGGAGUAACUGUAAAAGAGCAAGUACCUCCUCCAAAUUCGGCAAAGCAUCUUAAGCAAACUGUCAGUGAUAUUAGACAUGAUGUCCAGUCCCAGAUCAAGCAAACACGUCAGACCAAGAUGCAAGUCCAGAAAAUCAAGAAGAGACUCGAAAAGCUCCACAUUGGUGGGCUGAACAAUGCCAUCAACUCCAACACCGUUGUUGCAGUGCUUAUCGCCACCGUCGCCUUUGCUGCCAUAUUCACUGUCCCUGGAAACUUUGUGGAGGAUCUGAGCCAAGCACCUCCCGGCAUGUCCUUGGGGCAGGCAUACGUCGCAAGCAAUCUGGCCUUCAUAGUGUUCCUGGUCUUCGAUGCCUUGGCUCUCUUCAUCUCGCUCGCUGUCGUCGUUGUCCAGACCUCGCUGAUUGUUGUGGAGCAGAAAGCCAAGAAGAGGAUGGUCUUCGUGAUGAACAAGCUGAUGUGGCUCGCAUGCCUAUUUAUCUCGGUGGCCUUCAUAGCGCUGACGUAUGUUGUUGUCGGCCGCGAUGACUGGUGGCUGGCUUGGUGCACCAUGGGGAUCGGCACCGUGACCAUGCUGACCACCAUUGGUUCCAUGUGCUACUGCAUCAUCGCUCACAGAUUGGACGAGAAGAACACGAGGAAGAUCAGGAAGGCCUCUGCAAGCCAGUCCCGCUCAUGGUCCCGGUCAGUUGACUCAGAUGAAGAGCUGCUUAACAGUGAAUACAAGAAGAUGUAUGUGCUCUAGGAUAACAACCACACCAUGAUGGGUGCUUUGUACAUAAGAGCUAUGUUUUGCCUGAGGCUACCAGAUCGAUAGCAUCCACUGGGAUCGAUUGGAAACUCGGGAGCACGGUAUCUAUAUUUAGCUGAUGGUACCUUGCUGCCAAAACAAGGAAAUUUCCUUACAGGGUUGGUAGGCUUGUACUGACUGAAGUUUCCUUACAGUGUUGGUAGGCAUUGCGUGAUUUUACCCCCCUCCAAGGUGAAAGUCAAUGGUGAAGGCAUUUGUCAAAGUCCAGUGGUCAUGCACUCUCAUCCUGUACACGAUGAGCUAAGGAAGUGAUAUAAAUGGUAGAAUUUUUUUAAUAUUA